CUAAUUAACUAGCCCAUUAAAUUAGGGCACAGCGCGCAUCCUCUUCUUUAGAUUUCAAGGCCAGCGAAAACAAAGUACCGAAAGAACUCAACGGUUAGAGCUGAAAAAAAAAACAAAAAAAAUAAAGUUAGGGUUUUUGUUAAGGAAAAAAAUCAUUCAAAGUUCCCUCUUCUUCUUCCUCCGUGGUUAUUUAGCUCGAGUUUGCGUGCUCCUAAUACGAUAGUUGAAUGAUUAAACUGGCUGGUUUUUUUUUGGGCCAGUAUCAGUAUCAAAAUUUCAAGAAAUUCAUUGCUUCAUUGUAUGUAGUUUUUAAUCUGUUGAACAUUAUCAUCAUCAAUCAUUAUCCUCUCUAUUGUCAUUCCUAAUUCUUUCUUGCUGCUGCUAAAGCUAUUUGCUUUUCAUGAUCCCUUAAUUGAUUAUCAUUCGCAUUAAAACUCCUUGGACCGAUUUCUCAUGGCACAAAUUCUGUCAAGAUUCUUAUUCUGCAACUCCAUUUGGCCUCUCAUUUUGUUUCCACCUUUCCAUACUUGCAUUCUUCCUUCUGUGAAUGCUUCUGGCUUCUGUGCUUGCUUCACAGUUGCCUUGCAAGCUUCUUUUGUUAGAUACAUAAGAUGCCGAGAUCAAGGGCAAGUGGUGCAUCUGCUGAUGAACCAGAUGUGCCUGAAAAGUCUGCCGAGCAUGAAGAGCAGGUUGACCUUGAUGGUGACAAUGAAGGCGAGGAGACAAUGGAAGAAGAAGUCGAGUAUGAAGAAGUAGAGGAAGAGGAGGAAGUGGAAGAGAUAGAGGAGGAGGUGGAAGAGGAGGUAGAGGAGGAAGAAAAUGAAGAGGCUUCUGAUGAAGCAGAUUCGCAAAAGGGCUCAGAUGGUGAUGAGGAGGAAGAUGAGCAUAAAAAACAUUCUGAGCUUCUUGCACUUCCUCCUCAUGGGUCAGAGGUGUAUCUCGGUGGCAUCCCCCCUGAUGCUUCUGAAGAGGAUUUGAAAGAAUUUUGUGAAUCUAUAGGAGAAGUAACGGAGAUAAGGAUAAUGAAGGGAAAAGACUCAAGCGAGUCAAAAGGUUAUGCUUUUGUGACUUUCAGAACAAAGGAGUUGGCUUCGAAGGCCAUUGAAGAGCUUAACAAUACUGAAUUUAAGGGUAAAAAGGUUAAGUGUUCGACAUCUCAAGCAAAUCAUAGAUUGUUUAUUGGAAAUGUUCCAAGAAACUGGGGAGAAGAAGAUAUGAAGAAGGCUGUAAAAAAGAUUGGGCCAGGAGUUAAUUCGGUGGAAUUGCUGAAGGACCCACAGAACCCAAGCCGUAAUCGUGGAUUUGCUUUCAUUGAGUAUUAUAAUCAUGCAUGUGCAGAAUACUCAAGAAAAAUGAUGUCAAACCCAGAAUUCAAGCUAGAUGAUAAUGCUCCAACUGUGAGCUGGGCGGAUCCCAAAAAUGCAGGAUCUUCUGCUGCUUCUCAGGUCAAGGCAGUGUAUGUCAAGAACUUACCAGAAGAUAUUAAUCAGGAUCGUCUAAGGCAGCUGUUUGAGCAUCAUGGAAAAGUCACAAAAGUAGUUUUGCCACCUGCAAAACCAGGACAUGAAAAGAGCCGAUUUGGUUUUGUGCAUUUUGCAGAGAGGUCAAGUGCCAUGAAGGCAUUAAAGAACACUGAGAAAUAUAAAAUUGAUGGUCAAGUUUUGGAUUGUUCCCUUGCAAAGCCUCAAGCAGAUCUGAAGUCUUCUGGUGGGCCAAAUUCACAGAAGUCAUCCCCACAUUCAAGCUUCCCACCUCGUGUUGGUUACAGUUUAGUUGGGAGUUCAUAUGGUGCUCUUGGUGCAGGAUUUGGUGCUGCUGGCUUUGCACAGCCAGUCAUCUAUGGUAGGGGACCGACUCCUGCUGGCAUGUCAAUGAUGCCAAUGCUUUUGCCUGAUGGAAGGAUUGGAUAUGUCCUCCAACAGCCUGGAAUGCAAAUGCACAGCCCUCCACCACAGCCCUGGGGUGGCAGGGGUAGUGGUGCUGGUAGCUCGAGUGGUGGGAGACGUAAUGAUGGUGGCCGUGGACGCAGCCGAUAUAACCCAUACUAAUUUUAGCAGUGGAAAUGCGGAGGGGAAAAGGAAUUUUUUACUGUUUGACAUUGAUUACUUGGAUGAUGAGAAAAGCUUUGUAACAUCUCAAACAAGCAAGAAAAUUAACUUCGUUUAGUGGAAAUGGGCCUAUAUUUUCGAAAACUCCAUUUACUUGCUCUUUUUUUUUCUUUUUUCCUUUUUUAUAAAGGGUGGACAAUCAGAUUUUUGAGCAUGUUGGUUCAUUGUUUGUUUUUGCUUCAGGUCACAGGGUAGUCCUGAGUAGUGUAGGUUGCUUUAUGUAUACUGACAGCUUAUUUAUGUCUGGGUACACUGAAAACAGCUUAUUUAUUCGUGAAUUUUUGGAUGAA